UAUUUGAAAAUGUAGAAAGACAUCCAAAAAUAUUUAAUAAAUUUCACUUGGUAUUCUAUUGCUUAACAGUGCUAUUAAUCAGUUUUAAUCAAUUAUUUUUUUUCAGUUAAUCACAUGAGUUAAGUGUAGUUAAUAGACAGCCUUACUAAAUAUCCAUGCUACUUUAAACAGUUGACUGUCAUCUCCACUGAAUGUGGAGUAAGGCAUCACAUUUGCCCAGAGCAAUAUCUGAUUUCUACUUUUGCAAGUGUCCUUCCUGUUGUUGCAAUCGGCAUUCAAUUAGAAGGAAGAAUUAACAUUUACCUCCCUGUCUUCUAAUCUAUCUUAAGAGCUUUGGUGUUUAAAAAACAGGGCCCAUGGGGAAAGCUUACUAGCAAACAUCUUUUCCUAGCUAUUGAGUGGCUCCAAGUGGAUCCUUUCCUUGGCCAUUCUACAGUUUGAUUUUACUGCCACCUUUUUUUCCCCUUGCUCCCAUUUUCCACUGUCUUAGCAAUCUGUUCCUUUCCUGAAGCUGUGCAGGAGAAGGACUUUGUUGCUUGCAGCUUGGGUUCACCCAGCAUGCCCUCUCUUAGUAGGACAGAAGCAGCCUUGUAUUCUAUUAAGAGGCACCAGCUGCUCACUGUUAUCAAUACUGCUGAAGGAAUGGAACAAUUCUGCAGCAGCAAGGGAACUCCUCAGCAUUUUUGUGGGUGUUAGUGUUUUUUCCCCUUUCAUCAUCCCCCCCACCCCCUGGUGCCUGGAGUGUAUAGGGCACUAUCUUACCUUCAGUGGAGAGGGCCAAACUCUACUUCUAAUUGUGGUGGUAGUUUAUGGGGUAUAAAUUUGACUAUAUGCUACCAUCUAAGCGCAUGAUGCUCACUGAUUAUAUGAGGGAAAUGUACAGGAAUCAAGGGUGGAAUUGGCUUGAAUAAGUGCCAGUUAAUACAGUGUCAAUUGAGGAAAAUAUACCCACCAUCACUACUUCCCUCUUUCAUGUCUGUCUCCUGUUCUUCCCUGCAGUAACUUAAAAUUCUUAUCUCCUUGGUUUUAAUCCAAUCCCUUUUUCAUUUCAUUCACUAAGACUAUUAGUGAUGUCUAAUGAAGUGUUUUGGAUUUCAAAUUUUAUGCUCCAAUUAAGUUAAUAGAAGACAGGAGCCCUAACAUUGUCUGAAGCUGCCUGUAGACUCACAACAGCAUCACUGCAUUAGUUCAUAUUUGGAAGGCUUUUAGCAGCCUAGAAACUUCAGAAUGUAGCAUCCAUUAUUAAUAAAAACAAAUGUCCCAAAGGCCACAAAUACAAGCAGGUUGAAUUUGGUUUCUGAGCCAUCUGUUGGACAGUCUUGCUACAAGGAUCAAGAGUAGCACCUCUCUUCUUAAAACAUCUUUAGAGCAGUGGUUUGCAACCUUUUUUUUUUGUGGGCAGGCCCUAAAUGGAGGUGUGGACCCCUUUGGAAAUCUUAGACAUAGCUUGCCCACUGUGAUAGAGUGUGGGCAGACACUUGCCUGACAAUUGAGGUUGAUAUUUGGGAAGGCAGCGUGUUCACAGGCAGGCUAGUAAUGGGGUUCUCCUCCUCUGUGAUCAAAAUUGCUGGUUUUGAGUCAGUAACCCUUUGCAGUCUCAUCAGCUGGUAGCUUGCCUACUCGUUAAGGUGGAGUGGGUCGAGUGUGUGUGUGUGUGGGGAGACCUUGUCUCUUACAGAAAACUUCUGACAGAGCAACAUGUUCAAAGAUUAGUACAUCUAUGUAUUGCAGUUCAGAUGUGCAGGCCUCACUCUCAGCAUUCUAGUUGCCCACUAGUACUGUAAUGUCUGAGCAUCUCACAAUUUAUAAACUCUUUAUUCCCACCCUGUUCCCCUGUGAGAUAGGGAAGUGCUAUUAUCCCUUGUGCUUUAAGUGACUUGCCCAAGGAUACAUGGGAGACCUUGCUCUUACUAAAUCCUAUGCUAGUGCCCUAACUACAUCCUCUUCAUUUUAGAAAGCUUGCAGAACCUUGGAGCUGAAUUAGAAUUUUAUAAAUGGUUUACAAAUAAUUUAUAUUAGGUUUAAAAACUGGCACAAUCCCACUCUAAUGAAAUCCCAGUAGACUAGAUUGUCAUUAGCUGUAACAUGGCUGAGUAGGUAAGGACUCUGCCCCCUUCCUGGCCACACUGCCUCAAUUGCACCUUUGGCCACAAGUUGGGUAAACAGGAUCCAUGGAAGUGGUUCUCAUGCUGAGGAAGUGGGUAGAGCUGUAGCUUUGGCAUGUCUCCCCUUGUCCCUCUUGCACUGAUUACUAGAAUUGGACAGAGGAAUAAGUAGCACCCUGAAAAGUGCUGCAGUAACUUACAUUACACUGUCCCAGAGUAAGAGGGGGGGAGCAGGGGAAGAAUUGACACUCAAUGUCUCCUGGUAAGCUGUUCCCUACACAAAGUUGAGCCUAACUGCUUCCUCUAGCCAUUGUUUGGGUUUGUGGACUCUCUUGUGCCCUAGAAGAGGAAAGUUUCUUACUGGAAGAUUUCUUUCCUCACAGCACGCAAAUGCACAGAUCCACACUGCCCCAUUAAUUACUGCAAUCAAGUUUCUCUCUUUUAUGGGCUUUGCAACAAGUUGCUAUAGUCACAAUUAAAUGAUAAAUUUACUGUUUAGCCAGCAAGCGCUCUCAACUGUGGACAGUAUUGCACUGGCAAGCUCUUCAGGAGGAAGCACGUCCCUCUGUGUCUCUGACUCAGAUUUGAUUUGUCUCCAGAGCAGCAAGGGAGAGACUGGGUAUGUCUGCACAGCAGUUGUGCAGGUGCUUCCCAUCAUGGGUAGACAGACACAUAUUAGCUCUGCUAGAGCUAGUGCGCUAAAAAUAGCAAUGUGCUGGUGGUGGCUUGGACUAGCCAUCUCAAUAUGCACUUGGGGUCACAUGGGAUCGCACUUGGGUGACUGGGCUGAGCUGCCCCUGUGGCCACACUGCUAUUUUUAGUGAGAUCUGCUUGAGCUAUCGUGUCUGUAUAAUCAUGCUGGGAAUUUGCUGUGCUGACAUACCGUGAGGGCAAGAUUUAUAAAGGUAUUGAGGUGCCUAAAAUUGAAGAUAGGUGGAUAUUCAAUCUGCAACUGUAGGCAUCUCAAUACCUUUAUAAAUCUGGCCUUAAAAUUCAGUGGUUGUUAUAUUAACCUUUUCCUUCUGAUAUUUUCCAUGUUUGUAGAUCCGUGUUGGUAGCAAUGGUGGGAAUACUAAUGUAAGAUCAGCUUUGUUUGUUUCCCAUCGUAAAAUGGGGAUGAUAAUACUUAUCUCACAGGUGUAUUAAUGCUUAUGAAAUGUUCUAAGAUCCUCAGAGGGUAGGGUCCCAGAUUUAUCCCCAGAUUUUUCUUGGCUCUGAAUAGCCCUCUAUCUCAGUGGUUCUCAAACUUUUCUACUGGUGACCCCUUUCACAUAGAACACCUCUGAGUGUGACUCCCUCUUAUACAUUAAAAACACUUUUUAUAUAUUUAACACCAUUAUAAAUGCUGGAGGCAAAGCGGGGUUUCAGGUGGAGGCUGACAGCUCGUGACCCCCAGCUUGAGAACCCCUGCUCUACCUGCUAUUAUCUAUUUCCUGUAUUGCCAUUCUUAUCUAUUACAGUGCUUUCCUAUCUGCUUCAUGCAGGGCCAAAGUGUGUUUAGAUACUGGCCCAAAUGAAGAGUAGCAUAGAUUUGCACUGCCACAGGGUGAGCACAAGACGGUACAUUCCUUUUCUGAAUGGCCCAAAGGGCAGGGGUUCUGCACUGGCUGCACCACAAGCGAGCUGCUGCACAGGAGGGCAGGAUCACAGAGCUGCUGCCUCCCUCCCUGCCCCUUUGUGUGGUGCUGAGUGCCCACAGAAGAAUAGAGGGAACAGUUACUACUCUCUGAAGUACUGGAAUUGUAUUUGUGACGCUCUCACCAGGGGCAGCGUGGUUAAAACUGUUUGAUUUAUUAUUUUAAAUAGUUGAAAGUGGUUGAUGGGUUUUGUUCCCUAGGCAGAACUUUCUCCAUAGGGUGUGAUCCUGCACUCCAUUGACUUCAGUGGGAGUCGUUUCAACUGGGUUAAGAUCACCCUCAGUCUUUUCUAUUUAUUUAUUUAUUUAUUUUAAGAAGUGGGUUUAGGGGCCAAUCCUUUAUUCCAUGUGCAGGGUGAACUCCCGGUGAUUUUUGGGAAAAGCACCUUCCAGCUUUCAAGUGGUUUUGUUUGAUUAUUUUUUCUUCUUCUCGUUUCCUGCUAGGAAAUCUGCCCUUACCUCUCCGUUAGAGAAACCAUUUCUAUCUCCUUAAAUGAACCAAAGUCAUUAAUGGUUUCUCUUUCUUUUUUCCCCCUUUUCUUGGGAAAAAAGCACUCAGGAAUGCAUUCUCAUUACAGUGCCUGGUCUUCCCCUUAGCACUCUUUGAUUUUAAAAAAAAUUUUUUUGCUUCUUUUAUUCAACCUUUCUAUAUUCUUAUUUACUUGUAAAUCCCUUAAUGUUUAAUAUCUCCUUUGCUGCUAACUUUCUUCAAAGAUUUUUGAUUCUCUUUAUACUUCCCUUCUUGUCUCUCAAAGUUGUCUUUAUGUAGAGAGAUUUAAAUAUGUAUGUAAAUAUAUGUUGCAUUUCUUCUUCAAACACGAUCUUCAAAGACUUGAACUGAAUUCAUUUUGCUGCAUUCUCUAUGUCAAACAGUUUCCUUAGCAUUCUAUUGGGAGCAUUGCUAUUUGGACCCAAUUCUGUGUAAUGCUAAUUGCCUCUUUAUUGUCAUUGAAGUCAGUGGCACUUCUUACGUAAGUAAAGGUAAAUAGGAUUAGACCCUUAAUUUGACAUUGUGGCCUUUCUACAUUUACAUUUGUAUGUCCCCUCUCUUUGAGCUUUUGCACUGACAUAAUUUUACCAUCAUCUAGUCAAUUAUUGAAUAAUAAUAAAAAAAAGUGGGUUGUUUGCCAGGUUCCAGCCUAAUGUGGAAAUUAAAUAGCCAAGAGAUUAAACCCCAAGGAUCUACAUUUAUAAUGGAAAAAGCUGUUCAGACUUUUAACUCUAGCUGUGCAGUUGAUCUUUCUGUAAGAAACUUUACAUUGCAAGUUACCAACAAAUGUACGAGCCCUUUGUUAGAGACUAGUUAAUUGUUCGUAUAAUGUGGGCCACAGUUGUUGGUUGUGGUGACAAAAAGGGGGGAGUAGGUUUUUUUUAAUGAAUCUGCCUUUGCACAUCCAAAUGGCUCCCUAAGGGCUUUGUUAGUGAUACUGACUGUACAAAAAUGCACAUGAGGCUUAAUCCUGAGCUGUGCAAAGCAUGAGCUUGACAAAGCUUGUGCAGGUGUAGUGGGAAGGGAGACAAAGGUGUCUAAGUCACCUUUUAUGUCCUCCUUGAUCAUCUGUCCAACAAUGGCCAAGAUCAGUCAGAAUGCAAUGGACUUAUCUCUGAUCGUCCCUGAUGUGCCGCCUGUGCUGAGGGUAGGAGAGCCAGCGACAAUGACUUCAGAACACCUGAGGAUUCCCAUUGGCAAGGUGACUUUUUGGGUGUUCCUUUAGGACCAUGGGGGGCAAAUCUGAUGCUUAAAGUAUGUAUGAAUUACUUCUCUCGGCACUGAAGUGCCAUUAUAUACCGAAGGGUUAAAGUGUGAUAACUGUUUAAGAGUGAACAGCAACAACAUAAUAGACCAAUUCAGGAGUUAUACUGUAGAAUUUCUGAAUGUUCUACUCCCUCAACAGGCAUGGAACUUCCCUUUGUCAAUGGGUAGUUCCAUAUGGGUAAAGAAAACAGAAAGGCUUGGAAGAGACCAGCCAUGUGGAGAAUUGAGUAUUUACAUUAUUGUGCAGUGUGUGGAGCUUUUGCUCUUUAAACAGUGGCAUGCUUUACUCCAGAAGUGAAAAAUACUGUAGCCAGUUGCAAAAAUAGGUGAAAUUGGGGUAGGCAAAGAAUGUAUUAAUUACAUACAUUGGAAUUUUAGUAGGACCCUUGACUCACCAUCUUUUGAAUAUCAGCUGCUGAAAUUAAAGCAAUGCAGGAAAAGUUGUGCUCUGGUGCAAAUGUGUAUGUGGUUAGUUGGAUCUAAAUGGUUACAAAGGGGUUCUCUGUUAGUGAGGGGGAGGGGACAGUGAGAAUGCAUUCCCAAAAAAGUACAUUCCCAAAAUAAGCAGCUUACAUCAUAGACCUCUUCAGUUUUCCCACACUUCUUUCCUAAUUAUUGUGCUGCAGGACAGCUGAUCUAUUUCAAACAGGAAGUUGUUUACAGAUAACACUUGCAACUGUUCUGUCUGAUUUGUUGAACUGUCCAAAAGCAAAAGACAACAUCUUUUCAAAUUAAAAACUGUCAGAUUUCUGUAAACAGCAGCAUGAGGGUCAUCUGUGCAAUUUCCCUGCAGGCAGAGUGUGCUCUGCAGUCCCCAUUUUCUCAGCAAUCAUAAGGAGUCAGUGACCUGCAAGCGCUCAUUAUGAAGAGAGAUCUGUUUUUUCUGGUGACUCUAAUGAGCCUUGCCUUCCUGUCACUGUUAAGAUCUGGAUAUCCUCAACAUAUUGCAGAAGAGUCCUGCUCUGUUCAGAUUCUUGUUCCAGGCCUCAAAGGGGAGGCUGGAGAAAAAGGGGAGAAAGGUGCUCCAGGGCGGCCGGGGAGAGUUGGACCUUCAGGAGAAAAAGGAGAAAUGGGGGACAAAGGACAGAAGGGCAGUGUGGGUCGACAUGGAAAAAUUGGUCCCAUCGGUUCAAAAGGUGAAAAGGGAGAUAAUGGGGAUAUAGGGCCACCUGGUCCUAAUGGAGACCCAGGCAUCCCUUGUGAAUGCAGCCAGCUAAGGAAGGCUAUUGGGGAAAUGGAUAUCCAAGUGGCCCAGCUGACAACUGAAUUAAAAUUCAUAAAAAAUGCACUGCCCUCCCCCGCAGCUGUCGCUGGUGUGCGUGAGACAGAUAAUAAGAUAUACCUACUGGUGAAAGAAGAGAAAAGAUAUGUGGAUGCCCAGCUCUACUGCCAUGGAAGAGGAGGAACACUGACCAUGCCCAAGGAUGAGAAUACCAAUAGUCUGAUUGCUUCUUACAUCAAUCAAGCAGGGCUCACCAGAGUUUUCAUUGGGAUCAACGACCUGGAAAAAGAGGGCAAUUUUGUGUAUUCUGAUCGAUCACCCAUGCAGACCUUCAACAAAUGGCGCAGCGGCGAACCCAAUAAUGCCUAUGAUGAGGAGGACUGUGUGGAAAUGGUGGCCUCUGGUGGAUGGAAUGAUGUUGCCUGUCACAUUACAAUGUAUUUUGUAUGUGAAUUUGACAAAGAAAAUGUGUGAGGAUGUCUGCUCCGUCCCCCUCCCCCGUUUGAAGCAGAUUGUAUAACUUACCCCUUGUUUAUAAAGUACUAGUUAUAUUUUACAAGUAUAUAACAUCAGUGUUGUACAGCUGUAAAUAUAAUUAGGUAUUUCAAAUAUCAAUAUUUACCCUUCAGAAGGGAAGAGCAGAGUUAAAUAAGACAUAGUUUGUCUUGCCCUAAGAAAAUAUGUAUCUAGAUAAGGUCCAUAUUCUGCCCUCACUGCAAUUAAUGAAUGAGAUUGCAUGACAGCAAUGGAGGGCAGAAUUUGGCUCUUUGUUGUUAUAAUGUUGUUUCUGAAGACGUAGAUUCUUGAUAUUGUUUUAUCUUAACAACAUUUUUAAUUGUUAAUGUUAAUUGCUCAUACUGGUUUACAAAGAUGACAUUUCUGGCUAUUUCAAGCCAUAAGGAAAAGCUUUUGUAUCCUCUAGCUACUUAAUACAACUAUUGCAAUAGGGUUCUGAAUGGGCAGGCUUUGUACCUGUUUCUGUGACACAUACACAAGCAAACCAACCAUAUCAGUUCUACCACUUUUGUAACAUCUUCUUAUUAAACUGUUUGCAAAUAACAACACAGAGACACACUUCAGUGAGCGAACUCAUUUACACUGCCUUGGGGAGUCUAAAUGGCUCAGAAUUCAGUACUAGACGGGGAGAAGCCAACUUUGUGUUUCUUCAGAAAAUGCAGUGCCAAGUUCUGUUUGUUUUACACGUUGUUUAACCGAGGGUGGGACUGUGCAUAAACUAUUUGAGUGAAAAAAGAAUUUGCCAAAGGAAGCCAGAGCCUGUUCUCUAAAGUUGUAUUUGAGCCCUGCUGGAACACCCUUGGAUGGCAUUCCAGCACUUUUGGGGGGAGCUGAAAUGGCAUUUUAUGGCCCUUCAGAGACUUGCAUUCUGGCACUUCAUGAGUGCAGCACUCACUAGUCUAUUUUUGCUUAAGAUAUUCGUGAUUGAUAUUUUUGGUUACAAAACACAAGGAGGGUUUCCUGAGUACAUCAUGAGUCUCACAAAAUCUUUGUUGUCCAACAGUUCCUUUCACUGGGACAAAUGCUAAAGUCUUCACUUAGCUUUCACUCUGUCCUUAACUUAAUGUCAGCGGAAGAUUGGCCUUAGUAAGGACUCUAAAAAGGGCCAAAUUCUCUGCAGGCAUAAAUGAACACAGCUCCAUUGACUUCAAUGGAUUUCAUUCAUUUGUCCCAGCAGAGAAUUUAUCUCUGAGUAAGGACUUCAGGAAUUGGUCCUUUAUUUUGUUCUUGUGAUUACUACUCUUCCUUGCUACUCUUCAUGGCUAUAUCUUCUCUUAAAUAAAAUCUUAUUUAUUUAAAAAAAAAUUCAGAACCCCUAUAGGGAUAUAGUUCCAAAGGAAUGCAGUAAGUCAUUUUGCCCCACUUAUUUGUGUAUCCAAUUCACAACUGCAUGUGACUGAAAAAUGUGGUAUAUUUUUGAAGGGUAUAACUGGACAAAAAGAGUUAUGAAUAUUGGAUAUUUGUAGUGGCCUGUUGCAAUUCCUCUCGUCUUUUAGUCAACUGCUCUACAUAUGAAGGUCACUGGGAAACCUCUGUCUAUUGUGUUUUUCAGACAGUGUGGUUAUACAAUGUUUUAAAUAUGUUUUAAGGGUAAACACUAAAUAUGAAACAAUCACAAAGCAUGUAUGAUCAAUCUGGAAGAAAUAUCUAGAAGAAACUCAAACCAGGCUUGGCGUGUGAUUUCAGAUAGCCUCCACAUAUUAGGCAAGACCAAAUUAAUAAGCUACCGUACAGUGCUACAGUUAAUGGAAGAUUACUGACCAUAGGACUUUUGCUUAGUUCCUCAAAGCAUGACAACAUUUGAAAUUACAUGUUAAUUUUAUUCUCAAGGAAAUAAACAAUUUCAUCCUGGCAUGC